UAAAUACAAUUUUAGUACAGUUCAAUAAACUAAAAACCUCCCUCUCUUUUUUCUCUCUCCUCCUACUCGACGGCAAGGCCAGUACACCGAGUGUCGUUGUUGCGCUGCUCCUUCUUCGUUCCUCUUCUUCCAUUCUUCCGUGCACCAGCCACCACCAUCACCGCCAUUCUUCCAUUGUUAUUGCGCUUUUCAAAGAAUCAAACAGAUUUAGCUGAAUCGUUUGCAGUUACAAUGUCAAAUUCUUCACCUCUUUAUCUGAAUAGAAGGAGUAGAGAAUCUGAAUAGAAGGAGUAGAGAGACACAUAGUGCGGGCAGAGAUAAUAGCAGCGGUGAAUAUCGUCAAAGGAAAAGGAUCAGAUACGAGGGAUCUAGGAGAAUAAUCCCUGGCAGAUCAGACUGGGAUGAUGGUAGAUGGGAAGGAUCAUAUUCUUCGCCUUGGGAUCUGGCGGCCCCAUCGCCCGUUCCUAUCCGUGCUUCUGGCACCGUUACUAGAGAGAUGAGAAGCGAUGGAAGUAUGAUGUCACGUGCUCAGAGCAAGAGGCAUUCACAGCUUAGUGCAUACAAGCAACAAUGGGAGGACAAACAACUGAUGAGAUCAGGUGCAGUUCGAGGUACUGAGGUUCAAACUGAAUUUGACAAUGAAGAGGAGAACAAGGUUGUGCUUUUAGUUCAUGAUAUAAAACCUCCAUUCUUGGAUGGUAGAGUCGUUUUUACUAAGCAGGCAGAUCCUGUAAUGCCUUUGAAAGAUCCAACAUCAGAUAUGGCUAUUAUAUCCCGUAAAGGAUCUGGUUUAGUGCGGGAAAUUCAUGAAAAACAAAGCAUGAACAAGUCACGCCAAAGGUUUUGGGAACUUGCUGGUUCUAAACUUGGUGAUGUCCUUGGUGUUGAGAAGACAGCAGAACAGGUUGAUGCUGAUAAAGCUGUGGUUGGUGAAGAUGGGGAAGUUGAUUUCAAAGAAGACGCAAAAUUUGCUCAGCAUUUGAAAAAGGAUGAAGCAGUGAGUGAGUUUGCGAAGACAAAAACCCUGUCUCAGCAGAGACAAUAUCUUCCAAUAUACUCUGUUAGGGAUGACCUAUUACAGGUUAUUCGUGAGAAUCAGGUUGUUAUCGUUGUUGGAGAGACGGGUUCAGGAAAGACAACUCAACUAACACAGUAUUUGCAUGAGGAUGGUUACACUUCGAAUGGCAUUGUUGGAUGUACUCAACCAAGGCGUGUUGCAGCAAUGAGUGUUGCAAAAAGAGUCAGUGAAGAGAUGGAAACGGAUCUGGGAGAUAAAGUUGGUUAUGCUAUCCGCUUUGAGGAUGUUACAGGACCCAACACCGUGAUUAAGUACAUGACAGAUGGUGUACUUUUACGUGAAACACUAAAAGAUGCUGAACUUGAGAAAUACCGUGUCGUUGUGAUGGAUGAGGCGCACGAGAGAUCCCUGAACACGGAUGUGUUGUUUGGCAUAUUAAGGAAGGUGGUUGCUCAACGGCGAGAUUUUAAGCUAAUUGUAACUUCAGCCACUCUGAACGCGGAGAAGUUCUCUCAAUUUUUUGGAAGUGUCCCAAUAUUCCAUAUUCCUGGGAGAACAUUUCCUGUGAAUACCUUGUACAGUAAAACACCUUGUGAAGACUAUGUUGAAGGUGCUGUAAAGCAAGCGAUGACUAUACACAUAACCUCCCCACCCGGCGACAUCCUGAUUUUUAUGACAGGACAGGAUGAGAUUGAGGCAGCAUGCUAUGCUCUUGCCGAGCGCAUGGAACAGCUAAUCUCCUCAACACAGAAGGCAGUUGCAAAGCUCCUUAUUCUUCCCAUUUACUCGCAGCUUCCCGCUGAUUUACAGGCAAAAAUAUUCCAAAAAGCUGAAGACGGAGCAAGAAAGUGCAUUGUAGCAACCAACAUUGCUGAGACAUCUCUGACUGUAGAUGGUAUUUUCUAUGUUAUCGACACGGGUUAUGGUAAAAUGAAGGUCUACAAUCCAAGAAUGGGUAUGGAUGCUCUUCAAGUCUUCCCUGUGAGCCGUGCUGCUGCUGACCAGCGUGCUGGACGUGCUGGUAGAACUGGGCCCGGCACUUGCUACCGUCUAUAUACAGAGAGUGCGUAUCUGAAUGAGAUGCUUCAUAGUCCUGUUCCUGAAAUUCAGAGGACAAAUCUUGGUAAUGUUGUUUUGCUUCUGAAAUCUCUCAAAAUUGAGAACUUACUAGACUUUGAUUUCAUGGACCCACCUCCACAAGAAAACAUCCUAAAUUCCAUGUACCAGUUGUGGGUACUGGGUGCCCUUAACAAUGUCGGUGGCCUAACAGACCUCGGUUGGAAAAUGGUGGAAUUUCCGUUGGACCCGCCACUAGCAAAGAUGUUACUGAUGGGUGCAAAGCUGCAUUGCCUCGAUGAAGUGUUGACUAUAGUGUCAAUGCUUUCAGUUCCAACAGUAUUCUUCCGUCCCAAAGACAGGGAAGAAGAGAGUGACUCUGCUAGGGAAAAGUUCUUUGUCCCUGAAUCGGAUCACUUAACCCUUCUCAAUGUGUACCAGCAAUGGAAAAGCAACGACUAUCGAGGAGACUGGUGCAAUGAUCAUUUUCUACAGGUUAAAGCUUUACGGAAGGCUAGGGAAGUAAGAUCACAGCUUAUGGAUAUACUGAAACAACUUAAGAUAACACUUACUUCAUCUGCUGAUUGGGAUAUGGUUAGACAAGCUAUAUGUUCUGCAUAUUUCCACAAUUCUGCUAAACAGAAGGGGAUUGGUGAGUAUGUUAACACAAGGAACGGCAUCCCGUGCCAUUUGCACCCUAGCAGUGCUCUUUAUGGAUUAGGGUACACACCAGAGUACGUGGUUUAUCACGAAUUGCUUUUGACUACAAAGGAGUACAUGCAGUGUGUUACUGCUGUUGAGCCGCAUUGGUUAGCAGAAUUAGGGCCUAUGUUUUUCUCGGUGAAAGAAUCUGAUACGUCGUUGUUGGAGCAUAAGAAGAAACAGAAGGAAGAGAAGACAGCUAUGGAAGAAGAGAUGGAGAAUCUAAGGAAAGAACAAGCAGAAACUGAGAUUAAAAGAAAGGAGAAAGAAAGGCAGAAACGAGCUAAAGAGAAUGAGAAGAUCGCGAUGCCUGGGACUCGCCGUGGUUCCACAUACCUCAGGCCUAAAAGGUUGGGUUUGUAAAUAUUGUUACUGGUUGUAAGUAUUGUUUUAACUUAGAUUAAGAUUUAUUAACCUAAACAAAUAUGGCCAAGUGAUAACAUGAUCACGUUUGGUCAUUGCUCUAAUCUAAAUAUUGUACUAUUUUUACUUUUAUUUGUAAACAAUAGUCUGUCCAUUUGUACAAUUGAGGAUAUCUUACUUAUUAGAGCAAACACAUGAUAAUCAUCCCAACUCCCA